GUGUUUUCUUUUCGGGUUGCUGUUUUGGGGUUCUAAAAAUAUAUAAUUUCACUAUUCCAUCAGAGUUUACCCCCCUAAAGAAUGUCUUUAAAUGGAUUGAAGCGGAUAUUCAACAUUACACCGGCAAACGCAUUUGCUUAUUUCGUAGGCCAAACCCCAGACAGACGAAUAACUUUCCAAUCGUACAACGAUAUGCUGGAGUUAGAAGAGAAAUACACGUAUCGAAGACCUGAGUUUCUUCAACUCGAUGAAGAGUCGGAGCAAGCAUCAGCAGAUCACGAGGCUAGACCUAUACUUAUACCCCACAGAGAACUACCUCUUAAUGCCGGCUAUGCUGAGACUAUAAAUGCUGGCAAGACAUUGCACAAGAAUGAAGACCAAGCACUUGCUGGAAUGUUCUGUUUGAACGUUGAUCUACAAAAUGUGACAAAUGAAAACACAGAUACAGAAAAAGAAGAAAACACAUCUGAGCUUAGAAUCAAGAUUCCAUAUGCCUGUUUUGGUGUAUUUGAUGGGCAUGCAGGGGAAGGAGCCAGUUUAAUGGCAGUCAAUACACUACAUAUUCACAUCAUGGAAAAACUCUCUGCUGUCAAAGACCUUUUAGCCUGUGGGACAGAUGAAAAGCUUACCCAGUCUCCUAUCCUAACUGAAGCUGUUGUUUCAUCCAUAACUAUUGAUAAACUAAUAAUAGGGGCAUUAGAGGAAGCAUUUUUUGAAAUGGAUGAGCAAAUAAGGCGAGAAAGAUUGACUUACAAAAUAGAUGGGGGAUGUACUUCCAAUGUUGCUUUAUUUAUUGGUGAAAAACUGUAUGUGGCAAAUGCUGGGGAUUCCAGAGCAAUCGUUUCCCAAAAAGGUAAAUUGAUACCCCUUUCAUAUGACCACACCCCUGAGACAGACAGACAGAGGUUACAGCUUAUAGCUUUUCAAAAACCACAGUUACUGGGUAGUGAAUUUGGAAGACUUGAAUUCCAACACAGAGCAAGAAAAAAGUAUAUUGGCCAAAAACUGUUGUACAGAGACAGGCACAUGACUGGCUGGGCACAAAAAGUGGUGGUAGAAGAAGAUACCCAAAAAUUCCCCAUGAUAACAGGAGAGGGGAAAAAGUCUCGACUGUUAGAUACUAUUGGUACAACAAGAGGAUUUGGUGAUCAUGACCUCAAAGUACCUUACAAUGGUUUAGAAAUCAAGCCUUUCCUGACUCCUCAACCAGAUGUGAGAUCAUACGAUUUAAAGCAAUGUGAACAUGAUGAGGAUGACGUGCUCAUAAUGGCUUCUGAUGGAUUAUGGGAAAGACUAACAAGUGAAAAGGCAAUAGAAAUAGUAGGCGAAGUCUUCAAAAGAACUCCCAAAGAUGAUAAAAGAAGAUACGUCGUAGCUGCACAAACCCUCAUUGCUGAGGUGAGAGGAACAUUAAAGGAUAGGGGCUGGAGACGAGCGUGUGGUGAUGUCGGUUCCUAUGACGACAUAACGGUAUUUGUAAUACCGCUGAACAAAAGUGUAUCGGAAAGAAUCACAAAUGUCCACAAUUCGUCAUGAAAAUCCCAGAAUUGAUGCAUAACGUGCGUAUGAAUAGAUACAUAGAUAAAUAUAUAUCGGAUGCAUAGAGUCUGUCUAUAGUAAACAUUGAAUAUUGCACACGCAAAAAAAAUAUUUGAAUUUAUGGUAAAGCUAAUACAAAAAAAAAGCUACUGAAUGGGUUUCGGCAUUAUUUCAAAGAUAUGGGCGAAAGGGAUAUAUAUGGAUUUCUUUAGCUGCUAUCCAAUGUGUAGUAUUCAGUAUCCAGAGGACAAGAUUGGCUCUGUCUCUGAUAGUAUAGACCAAAUUCAAAACUCGCACCGAUGUGAGGCUUAAGUUGUGAACAAAGGGAUCUGGCGUGACUCAAAGUAAUCUGGCGUGAUUCAAAAGUCACGAAUCACGCCAGAUUCCUUUGUUCACAACUCAAGCCUCACAUCGGUGCGAGUUUUGAAUUUGGUCUAUGAUAUAGAUAUUUUAGUUUCUUUCUUAGGGUAGUUUUAAUGUCCCAAGGCGGUCCAUUUUUAAUUAAGUCAUGUUAUAAAACUCCCAUGCUUGUGACCAAGCAAAACCUACUUCCAUACGAACGUCCGAAUGUCAUCCGAUAUCACCCGAACGCGGGACCGUCAUACUCGACUUUCCGAUAAGCUCAUAUUAAAAUAUUGAGAAGCCUCAUGUUUUUGUAAGCAAUGUACGAGGACUUACGAAUCAUUUGCAUAAACCUUCUUCUUAAAGGCAUUCUUUUAACCAUGACAGAACAAACAGUGUUUAAAAGUCAGGGAUGGUUUUAAUAGCUAGGUACGAUUGUAAAGAAUACAAGGGUAAAUACAUUGAAUGAUUGUGAAUUGAUAAAAUGUUAAUUAGCUAGAAAUAUUUGAACGUUUUCAAAUAGCGAAUCAGUAAAUCCAUUAUGUACAUAUAAUAGACCUAAUUGCCAUCAAUGAGCAGUUAAUGGCUCGUUAGUAUCUCAACAGGGGAUAUUCAUUCAUGUUCAAAGGCCUCUUUAGGGGAAAGCUUGCUGUAUUCUAGUCCAUCCUCGGGAACCCAGGGCUGGGGGUAAAAUUCUGUUGCUCGUUUUUGUUUCCAGAAAAAAAAUUUACCCCUGAGUUGCCGAGGAUGAUUCCUAGUCUAGCUUGGCUAUCUUUCGUUGUCAGAUUCUGUUUACACCCAAGCUAGACCACAAUGCACCUCGUUUAUGAAAUGCCUGUUGCUAAAAUCCAGAGUAGAGGAUAAAUUAAAUUUAUUAAUGAUGAAAACUUAAUUAUAUUAUUAAACCAACAAUCAUACUGUGAAUAGGCUGCAAGGAAAAUUAAUAAAAAUUCCAGGAGUAAAAGGU